CUUUUAUUUUUAUAUAUUUUGAGGCGCCGAGAUUAUUUUUACACCCUUUUUUCUACCCUCCCCCUUUAUUUUCUUCUUAUACUAUACAUGAACAAUCUCACUGAAUUUGUCAAAUCAACACCUAUUCAAGCAGCCAUUGAUUUGGUUCAACGGGCGCCUGCCAUUCAGAAAUUAGUAGAUGUCUAUUCUCACUCCUCAAGAAACGAAGUGGCUGUGAUGAGUGCCAUUUCUUUCUUUACGCUUUAUCGUUUAAUUGGAUUUCUCAAGUCUGCUACUGAAAAGCGCAAUUUGCCUCCCAAAGUCCCUUUUAGUUUACCCAUUGUUGGCCAUACGCUAUUUGUGAUGCUUUGGCCAAACCAAUUUCUCGACUGGUGUAACGAUAAAUAUGGCGAAAUAUAUCGUCUUGACUAUCUUGGUAAAACAGUCACAGUUACUAAUGGCAAGUGUGCUGAGCAAAGUUUGAAAGCCGAUUCAUCCGAAUUAUCCAUUGAACAUGGUAUUCUUCGAGAGGUCCUUCAUUUCCAUUAUGUAUUUGACAGAAAGACGAUGGAUAUUGGCUUUCAUGUCAAUCCCAUUAUUAUCAAAAAUAUUUUGGCUAGUCAUAAAAUGCCUCGUUAUAUUCCUGACAUUCAACGCGGCCUUGAGCGUGCUGUCGAAAAGAAACUCAGUCAAGACAAACCCACUAUUGUCACUGAACCCAGUCUGUUCCUUCAACAUUUUGUAGCCUACAUGAGUAUUCCUACUUUACUCGGCAAAGAACUUGUAGAAAACCCUGAAGUGAUCAAGACAUUUGCUGAAUUUACAGGUGAUAUUAGUAACAAUGUCGGUAUCUUUUUGGCUGUCCCUACAUGUCUUCAUCGUUUCAUUUUGCCUUAUUUACAAUCUGUUCGCAAACAUCACCAAGUUAUGUAUAAGUAUGUUGUGCCUGUGAUCCUUGCUCGUCGUGAAAAAAUGAAACAAGCCGAAGAAGCUGGUGAAGAUGCUAAUAUGGACGUCAAUUUCUUACAAGGUUUAAUAGAACAUCGAUAUACUUCAAAAGACGGUACUGCAGAAACAUUUACUAAUAAUGAAAUUGCAAAUGCUGUCUUAUUGAUUGCCUUUGCUUCUGUUCAUACCACUUCCAUGAAUUUGAGUUUCUGUCUCUAUUAUCUCUUGAACCGCCCUGAUCUUAUGGAACAAAUGGUAGAAGAAAUCCAACGUGUGAUUCCUGACGAUAGACCCAUAGACGAAAAGGUCUUGAGCGAAAUGAAGUUUUUGAACAACCUCAUCCGUGAAGUACUCAAACAAGGUGCCGAUAAGUUGGCUUUUGCCAAAAAGGCUAUGCAAGACUUUGUGUUCCAUAAUGGUUACAUUGCACCUGAGGGACAAAGUGUGUAUACCAAUCUGCGUCAAUUGAACUUUGGUAAUAAUGUCACUCGUGCCCAGCCAGAAGAUAUGGAUCCUCGUAUGUCUAUGGAUAAGACAGCUACUGCACCUAGUAAAGACUUUGUCCCUUUUGGUAUGGGCAAGCAUUUGUGUCCAGGUCGCUUUUUUGCUGUACAAGAAAUUCAACUCUCAUUGAUUCAUUUGCUCAAACACUUUGAUAUCAAGACAAAGAGCGGCAAGCCUCCUAUGCCUAUUCGAUACCUUGCAGGCGCCAUUGCCGCUCCCAACAAUGAUCCCUUGAUCUUUACUCCUAGAAAACUUAUUUAAAUGCCCCAUUUGGGUUUAUUUGCAGGAAUUGCAACCAGAU